AUGAAAAAGUACCAUGAGGCAAUACAUAUGAACAAAUUGUUCUUAACUGCAACACACAAGGACAAAGUAGAUAAGUGGUACAGACUACAGGAAGUUGAGAACACGGACUAUAUAUCGGAUCAUACUGUCGUUCGUAUGAGACUUGAAGUAACAGAGGUUAACGAAAUACGCGGUGUCAUGAGUCUAGCCUGUCUGGUGUGUCUGCGCAGACGCCUGUAUCUACUUCCGCUCAUCACGACAAUAUGGAUUAUCAUGUCACUAUUCGUAUCAUAUGGAAUAGCUGUAGGUUAUGGUCACACCGAGCCAGAUUUCCCUUAUAUCAGUCACACAGCAAUAGAAGCACCAGAACGUUGUGUCUUUGGUCAACUGGUCAAUAUAGGAGCAGUCAUGCUCGUGAUGAACGUGCUUGUUAGAUAUCUAUUCCUGAAGGAAAUAUUCAAGCACAAGAAAAUGCAAAAUGUGCAGCAGUGGCAGAAUGGCAACAUUGCUGGUGUAGUAAUCGGGGUCUUAUCAGCGCUUGGAAUGAGUAUGGUUGCAAACUUCCAGACGGAAGUACAGAGGGGUCCACACUACGCAGGCGCAGGUCUAGCCUUCGUCAUGGGUACAUCCUACACGUGGCUGCAGACGCACAUCACGUGGCGUUUACGUCGAGAAGGUCUUGGGAACAAGUUUUUGGCCGCAGUGCGAUUCGUCAACUGCUUUUUACUCACGUGCUUCCUAAUAAUUUUCACUAUAUCGAAAACCUAUUACAAAAUAAAGGAGUACCGUGGCGAGGGUACAAAAUACGAUACGCUAAGAGGGGUCUAUCUCACCUCUACCAUUUCCGAGUGGCUAGUCGCUGGCUCCAUUCUGGCUUAUACACUCUCCUUCACAUGGGACUUCCGGUCAAUCGUCCUUGAAAGUCCGAAGGUGAAGUUAAAUUUCCAACAAUUAGAAAAUGGUAAUAAUAAUAACAGAGCCUCGGCGGAAAUGGAAUCGAGACAAAGGGGAACAACUCCAGUGUGAUGCGGACGCUCACGGGUCGAGACCGGAAAUCCGUUCACGAGUCUUUCAGAUAGUAUCCAGGACAAAGACAGCUGUCCGGCUUGGCUUGCCUCACCAAGGGCAGCUUUCAGCGAUACAAGUGCCAACGACAUAUAUUUAACAUUCAAACUCCGUUGUAAAAACGGGAAUGGUUUCUCCUGUACUAAAGGAAGCAGAAAUAUGCAUUCGAUAUUGAAUCGGAAAGUGCUGCUAUAGUGUGCAUCAAUGAUAGACAAACAUUAAAAGGAAACCUAUGAAAGUGAUAUAUAUUUCACAAAUUUAUAAAUUGACUAUUAAUUAGGUAUUCACGACAAGUUUACCUUCUGCCGUAAACAAUUCUUCAAACUUAAAAGUGUAUACAGGUGUUUUUUUACAAUCAGCUCCAAGUUUUACCUUGAGUUCAAAUAGAUAUUGUCAAGGAGUUUUGGACACAUCUCUAGUACAAUCCUGAGCGCGUGCAAAUUUAGCGACCGUGUCAGUAAAUAUGAUGGGAACAAGUACACAUACAAUGAGUUACGGGUUGGCUACAAUUUAUUUUCAUGGCAGUGGUCUGAUCAGUGUGCCAUGUGGAUGUGUUUUUACAAACACCGUCUAAUGUAAUGCAUUGACUAUGUGUUUAAUGUCGUGGGUUUCGUGGUUAAAUUAUUAAAUGUACCAGUGUGUACAAUAUCGAUAUUUUCAGAUGUCUAAUUAAUCAAGCAUGAGCAUUCUGAAAAUAUGUACAAACUAAACUACAUACGUCUAAAGUUUGGAAAAUUAUAGCACAUCUUUGUUUUGAGUACUGUAAAAUCAUAUAUUUUCUUGGGGCUUAAAAUUUUCAUGGUUAAAAAAUCUCGGAUACUUGAUUUCGUGGAUGAAUACAACUGAAUUGAUCUAUUUUCAUAUGUCAUACUCAUUUCAUAAGUUCGUGGACAAGGAGUAUUCAUGACAUCAAGGAAAAUAAAUUCCCAACGAAAAUUAAUGAUCCUACAGUGUUUGAUCAUAAAGGAAAAAACGUCACCCUCCUGGUAGACAAAUGAUGGGAGAAUCGAUGGCGGUAUCAAAGGAAACAGAUUAAUGAAAUAACACUCUCCUGUAACAAAAUAUGUUUAUAUUCAUUUACCUUUUCAAUCAUCGAUGUUUACUGUGUGUGAGAAUGCUGUUUGAGUAAAAGGUCAAGAACGAGAGAGAAAACGGAGGACUGAAACAUUUUGUCAAUUUUAUCAUUUGCGAGUCCGAAUAGAUUCGAUUUUCAUUUUAAUUUUUGUAUAUUAAUAUAAUUAUACUUUAAGUUGACAGUAAAGAGAGAAAGACUGAGAGAGGAAAAUGAUUUCAUUAGUGUUUAGUUUAAAUAUAACUUGGAGAAAGGAUAAUAUAUUUGUUUAUUUAUUUUUGUCUUUUUUACUUCUAUAUGUAUCAUGAUUAUUGUCUCAUAUGAAUCUAACGAACCAGCCUAAGGUUGUGAACGUUUUAAAUGAUAAAAGUCUAGUCAUUGGAUAAUGACCUUUUAUGGUUUAUUGUACAUGUAUUUGAUGGUAGAUUCUAAGACGUAAAAUUCAACAAGUUUUGGCUGUGCUUUUAGUAAAACAACGUAAAUAAUCGUUGAAAAUAACGUUAAUUUAUCUUUAGGAAAAUUAAAAGGAAAAUCGCCGAAUAAGCUUUAACGACCUUUGCUUUGAGCAAAAAUAAGAAACCUAAAGUAAAAAAAAAUCUUGUACAAAUUCUGGCUUGGAACUUUGGUUUCUUAAUUGUACGAACAUAAUAACGUUCGUUCUCUAACGGACGGACAAUUAGGAAUACCACAUGAUCGUCUUUUAAGUACAGUCAAUUUGUCAACGUACAUUGAACAUGUACACGUAGGUAUAAGUCAAGGAGAAAGGUUAUGUUGUGUUUACAGUCUUAAAAGAUACAUCUUAAAUUGUAUGAAUUGUGAAUAUGUUUCUGAUGUUAUUAGCAAUCAAUAACACGAAGAAACAUUUUCAGUCCUGUCAUUUUGAUAUUACAUGUUCAAGGAAAGAUUAUUUCAUUUUUCAUGUGGUAUAUAGAAAAUUAUUGUUCGAACUCUGGAUUAGGGUUUGGAAUAUAUGAUAAAUUUCUGAUCUGGUGACGUUAAAGAAUUCAUUUUAAUAUUUGAGGCCUGUGGGUGUCCUUGUUAUUUAAAUAUUGAUAUAUAUGUAAUACUGCGAGAACAUUUAAUAUAUACUAUAGGGUGAAGAUACGCGAGUGGUGAAGGGCAGACAAUUAAAAAAAAGAAAGCCCAUUUUUACAAACAAAUAAAACAAUGAAGCUGGAGAAAAAGACAGAAGACUCACGGUUCUACACCUCUAACAAAAGCCACACCAUUCAAUCGCGGAGAACUUUUAUAAUUUCUGUUUUUGUUACAAGUAUAGAUAAUAGGUGAUAAUUUUAACCAAGGUCAAACGCAUCUUUAUAAAGACAUACUACGCAACCUUAAAAACCGUGUUUCCAUGUAUAUAUAAAGAACAUAUGAGAUGAAGCAAAUGGGAUAAUGAGUUGAUUUACUGCACGAUAUUUUUCCACUUAUCAAACCCACUUAUCUGUUAUAUUUUUAAUAGAUCUCAUUUGGACUGUAGACACAAGUCUUCUGCAGUUGGGUGAUUUGCUGUUACGAGAACUACAAAAAACUUCCUUAUCGAAUAUUUAUCGUACACGUAAUUUUCAUUUAUAAAUGUUGUAGUUUGAACUAAACAGAAAUUUAUGACAAAUUCCUAUGGAUAAUUGUACAAUUUAGCUUGUAAACAGAACGCUGAUAUACGUAAUACACAUAGAAACAAAACGGUGCUGGACAAGGAAUGCAAUUAACAUUUUAUUGUAAUUUUAUUUUGGGAAAUGUUUAUUUAGAAAUAAGAUAUAGCUCAUUUUGACGUUGUGAAGGUAUUUAAUAUUUUGUAAUUAUUGUUGUAAUGUAUGAUUAGUGUGUUUGUAUGGUGUUGUAAAGCGUGCGUGUGUUUCGACAUAUUUAAGCAUCCGUUUCCCUGGGGGUGUGUAGCCUUAUUCAUUAUCAGAAAAUGUUGUAACUAUAACUAAAUAUGUU